UUCAUAAUUCCACGCUUGGUUCAAAUUCUCAGACAGCCUUCACGCAUUUUCAAAGUACACAGCGGCCAUCAGUUUGUUUUCGAUGGAACAUUAUAUUCCAAAGUUUCUUCUUUGAAUUCUCAAAGAUACGAAGACAAGAUGGGUAAAUUUAUUAGCCAGAACAUGGCACAAAUCCGAUCGAAGUUUGUACUGACACGUCACCCUGGUGUGUUCGAAAAUUACGCUAUCGUGAUUUAUGGAUAACUUUUCUUCGAAGCUCGAAGCGGUGGAAUCUACCGUUGGAAUCGUAUUGGAUAACUAAUUCACCAUGGCUUUGACACUGAUUCUGAGGAGAACUUUCAGAUGUCGAUCAUUCAAAAGAACAGUGAUAUUUGCGGUUGUCAUCUUGGUUCAAGUGUGGUUGGCAAUUCCGGUUCUUUUCGGACAGCGCGGGGACAUUUGGCCGCAAAAAUUCGAUAUUGUUUUUCCUCAGAAUUUCCAAGCCCCUUUUGUCCCUCUGGUUAUUUUUAGCUCCUACAGACCAAAGUAUUUGGAAAGGACAUUGGAGUCAAUAUCCUCGUCUGGGAGUAUCGUUCCUUCUACUCCGUGUUUGUUCAUUCUCCACCACACUAAGGCCUCAUCAAUGGAGGACAUAAAUGAGACGUACAAGGUCCUUGGUAAAAUCACAUUUUGUAGAAAACUUGUGUGGACGUUUGGAAAUGAGGAAGAAGAACGUAGCCCAGAAGUCUUAAAGACUCAUUGGUGGAAUACUAUGAUAAAAGUAUUUGAUGAACAUGAUGCGUUCCAGUUAAAGCACAAUGAAACUUUCAGUGGAGAUGUACUGUUCGUUGAGGAUGACUUAGUUGUUGCACCAGAUUUUAUGGAAGUGAUGUGGUACUCCCUCCUUGUCAAAAACUCUGUCCCCAACAUCCACUUUAGCACACUGCAAGGUGUAGGAGAAGAGAAUUUAGUAGAUCAUCAACCAGAUGCCUUUGUUGUGAGCGAGGUGCCACUUGUUCAAAGCAUUGGUUAUGCAUUUAACACGUCAAUGUGGGAGUAUAUCAAGACAUUUCAGGAGGAUGCUUUAGGACAUGCCGAAAAAGACUGGCCCCUUUAUCUAGGUUUAAUGCUUCUGUACAAUAGGAAUUCAACAAUUUUCAGGAUUGUUUCACCAACCAUAAGUCGUAUCUGGCAUGUAGGUGAUAAUGAUCUUGGUUCCAGUGCUGAUCCUGGUGCAAGCAGUAAAUAUAAACCUGAUCAACUUCCUCCAUGGAAACGUGCUCGAGAGCGGCGCUAUCUUAACAGAGAUAAGGCAAAUGUUUUACCAGGAGUCAGAGACAUGCAUGGACGACUGUGCCAUCCAUGUGAAAUGGAGUCAAGGACGUACAAAUUUUCUCGGGGAAGCUAUAACUGCCGUUGUCUUUGUCCAACAAGUAAUUUACAGAAAUACGUCAAUUGGCAAAUGGCAGCAUUUGUGCCAGAUGUCAAUCAAGGAAUGCAUUGUACUCUGGUGUCACAUUUGAUGACAAUGGUUGUGUUUGUAUUUGUUGGUAUUUUGUUGUUUGUUUAUUUGAUGUCCUCACGCUGAUCAUUCCUCCAUAUAGCGUUAAAAAAAAAAAAAUCUUGGAAUGAAUAAAGAUCAAUUCAGUA